UACGCUCUCUCCGCUGGCACCGAACGAGAGAGAACAAAUAAAGUAGAAGGUUGUCACUCCACCGGAUUGCUCCGACUCUUCUUUCUCUGUGUCUUUGUUCUCUUGCUAUCUUUAACCUCGUCCACUGAUGUGAUCUGAGCUUCUCCCAACCUGCUCACUUCCCCUACUCUCUCUGAUCAAUGGGUUGCGGUGGGUCGAAGGUGGACUCGCAAGAGGCGGUGGCGCUCUGCCGCGGCCGCUCCGACCUCCUCGCCGACGCCAUCCGCUACCGCUACACCCUUGCCGCCGCGCACGCCGCCUACUCCGACUCCCUCCUCUCCCUCGCCUCCUCCCUUCACCGCUUCCUCUCCCCCGUCCUUCCUCUCCCCUCCCACCGCAAGGUCGACACCCCUCCCUCCCCGCCUCCCCCCAUCUCCGUUGCUGGCCACUCCCACUCUCAUUCCGGCUCCCACAUCCACUUCGAUGACGACGACGACGACGAUGACGAAGCCUCCUCCCACCACCACCUCCCCCAUGAAACUCUCCCACCCGACUCCUUCCUCAACCUCUACUACGCCCGCAGCCAUCCCCCGCCUCCCUCCGUCUCCGUCGAGCACCGCCCCGACAGCUCCGAGACCGUCCGCUUCGGCUACUCCGCCGCCUACCCUUACUACGGCGCUCAGAACCCUAAUCCGGUAGCUUACGACCCUCAGCCCUACCCCUAUUUCCCUUACAAUUAUGAUGGAAUGGGCGGCGGCGGCGGAUCCUCUUCCCCUCCGCUGGCUGCCCAGCUGCCGCGCCCGCCGGCGGCCAGCACGGGCUCGUCCUCCUCCUCCUCCAAGGCCCCGCCGCCUCCCCCUUCGCCGCCGAGGACUUCCACUUGGGACUUUUUGAACCCCUUCGACUCCUUCGACAGAUACUACGCCUCGUACCCCCCCAGCCGGGGCUCCAAGGAGGUGAGGGAUGAGGAGGGGAUCCCUGACCUUGAAGAUGACGAGAUCGAGGUCGUCAAGGAAGCCUAUGGUGACCAAAAAUUUGUGGCUUCCACCUCCGCCGCCGCCGAAUUGGGCACUAUUGGUGGGCGCAGCAGUGUUGCAGACCAUUCGCACGGUCACAAGUCCGGAUUGGGGGCAGCUGAUGAUAAUCCAGAGAACGAGCCGCAGCUGGUGGACAAGAAGGUGGUGAGCCGUGAUGUGCGGGGGAAGCAGGAGGAGAAGCGGAGCGUCGCGGCUCCUCAAAGGUUUCAUGAUCUCUCCGAGAUUGUGGCUGAGAUCAAGGCCCAGUUUGACAGGGCAUCCGAGUCGGCCAGGGAGCUCUCUCGCAUGCUCGAGGUGGGGAAGCAGCCGUAUUACCGCAACAACUCUGUGUUUGAAGUUUCAUCAAGGAUGGUGUGGGUGAUGACUCCUUCCUCUCCUAAAGGUGGUGAUUUAUUAGAGUUUGAUGAUGAUAAGUUAUCGGGUUCCGGGAAUCUUUCUUCAACACUGCAGAAGCUGUAUAUAUGGGAAAUGAAGCUUUAUGAUGAAGUCAGGGCUGAGGAAAAGAUGCGGUUACUUCUUGAUAGGAACUGCAAACGGCUGAAACACUUGGAUGAAAAGGGUGCGGAAGCACACAAAAUUGAUGCUACUCGAUCCUUGAUUAGGAAGUUAUCUACAAAGAUAAGGAUAGCUAUCCAGGUUAUUGACUCUAUUUCAAAUAAGAUAAAUAAGCUGAGGGAUGAAGAAUUGUGGCCACAGAUAAACGAGCUUAUUUUAGGGUUUGAGAGAAUGUGGAAAGUAAUGCUCGAAUGCCAUCAGAAGCAGCAUCAAGCCAUAUUAGAAGCUAAAAGCCUAGAUUCCAUUGCAUCAGGUGGGAAGUUCGGUGAAGCCCAUAUCAAUUCAAUGAUGGAGCUUGAAAUGGAGCUGCUGAAGUGGAUUAGCAAUUUCUCUACUUGGAUUAAUGCUCAGAAAAACUAUGUGAAAGCCUUGAAUGGAUGGGCAGCAUUAUGUCUUCAUUAUGAGCCUGAAGACACAGCUGAUGGGAUUCCUCCAUAUUCUCCUGGAAGAGUAGGGGCUCCGCCUGUUUUUGUUAUCUGUAAUUGCUGGUCACAGGCUAUGGACCAGAUUUCUGAGAGGGAAGUGCUCAAUUCUAUACAUGCUUUUGCCACUACCAUACAACAUCUCUGGGAGCAGCACAAUGUUGAACAACACCAACGGAUGAUGGCAAGGAAAGAUCUGGACAUGUGGCUCAAGGCUGUACAAAAAAAGACACAAGAGAUUCACAAAGAAGUGGAUGCAUUAAACAAGAAACUAGUGCUCAUUCCUGGCCAGAAUGGUAUUCCGUUAUACGGAGAGGUGCAUCGGGGCCAAACAGCUGAAGCAAGCAGCCUGCAAUUAGUUUUGAGACAAUUCUUUGAAGCCAUGGAAAAUUUCACAGCUACUUCUGUGAAAGCAUAUGAGCAACUCCACAAGCACUGUGAAGAAGAAAGACUAGCUUAAGAGAAUACAAAAGUUCCGGGGGUUCAUGCAGUGCGUCCACGUGGAGGGAAUCAAAUGGACAUCUUCAAAGCAAUUGCCUGUGGUGGUGGCUUCUGAUUGGCCUAACAUUGCCUUGUGAGAUAAGGAUUGGAUAGCAGCUUCUUAAGAUGCUUUUAGCUGGGUAGAUCGACAGUCAUGACGAUACAUAAUGGAAUGACUGAGGGACUAUUGGCAUGAGGAUGGUUGGAGCCGUUUUGACAGUUGAGGCAAGGCUUGUGAAAUUUUUUUGCUGUGAUGAUAUAUUCCUUGGGGAGAAAGUUGGCAGCCACUGGAUUUAUAGUAGAACUAGCAUUCCCCUUGGCGCCGCACAGGUAUAGCAGUUGUAAAAAGUUUUGAUUGUUAACUAUUGUGAUUUGUGACAUAUAGUCUUUGAUACAGAGGGAGUCUUAUAUUUAUACAUCUAGGAUAUUUUUUUUUGCAAUUAAGCUUGCAAGCCAUCCAAUUA